AUGGGGUUCGAUGGCACAAGAGUAGAUCCCCUUAGGGUAAUAGACUUAUCCGUAACUGCGGCGAAGAGGACUCUGAAUGAGAACUUUGUCUUAACAGAGAUCCACCCUUCUUAUAAUCUCAUCAUGGGAAGAGGCUGGAUACACCGAAUGAAAGGAGUUUCAUCCACCCUUCAUCAGGUGAUGCGGUACUUAUCUCUGGACGGAAAAGAGUUUAUUAAUCUAUGGGGCGAUCAAGUCACUGUGAAAGAAUGUUAUAUGCUGACACAGGCUGAAGCAAAGAAGGUGUCUAGACAGCCUCAACCAGGCGUGACUCCCAGAGAUAUACCCAAAUAG